UGGCUCGUCCAUAAAUUAGAGUCUUACUGCAAUUCCUCAUACAGGUUCAUAACCCUCAUUUUGCCCUAGUUGUUAAGUGGACACCCUCAAGGUCAGUUUAGCGGCGCUCAACGGUCAAUCCACGAAUUGUAGUCUCACCGCUGCCUUAUACACACUCUGAUGCCACACAAUGUAAGGAUUCUCUGGCCUACCUGACCAGGCUGUCUUAGUUUCUAAGUGCAGUGUAAGAAUUCAAAGAACUGCCAGAAGAGCUGACUUAUUUAAAAAUUGUGAAAAAAGAAUACUUGCUGAUCCCCAAAUUGUAUUUACACAUUGCCUAUGUUGGUCAUUGUGUUCCUUAAGGUGAUGAGCAUCUCAGUGUUUGAUGAUCUAUCCUAAGUACUGGGAAUGUUUUGAACAUUACUGAAUAGCCUCAACGGUAUAUUCUGACCUUACUACAAAUCACUAGAAUCAGCAACGAAGUGGGAGAACUAUCGAGCACUGUCCUUCCUAAAAUACAGUUCUUGAAACCAGUUUAGCGUCUUCCGGAUUGGUGUGAAAAAACAGUUGCGAUGCAUCUUGUUUCUUUCGCUGUUUUAGAUGCAUCAUUGAAAUCUACUUAGAUUACUAGGAGUUGCUUAUUACCCUAAAUCUAGCAAACUUCCGGGAGAUUUUGAAGCAUGAGUUCACGUAUUCGUGAUCAUAUGAGAUUAUUCUUGUUAACUGUACUCAAUGAAGACCCCCGGCUGUUGUCUUUAUGCACGCUAAAUGAAUUGACGUCUGUAUUUGUACAAGAAAUGAAUAUUGAACUCAGUGAAAAUUGCUACUCAAAGCUUAAACAUUUUGUGUGCUCUUUUUUGUAUAAUUUGAUGAAUGAUGAGGGAGUUGUAACAAAUGGUGUGGAUCCCCAUGCUCAGAAUUAUUGCUUACCAGUUAAAAACUCUUCUUCUACACCCGAAACACGAAGACGUGUGGUCAUGCUUUCUCGUGAUGAAGUAAUGGCAUUGGCGGCUGCUACUGUUACUGAUAAAACAAAUCACGCUGUAUCUAUAUCAAACGAUGGGGAAAGUGUUAGUAAGCGUAUUAAACAAUUACGUCAAACUCCACUAAUUGGAACUAGGUCAACUGUUCGAACAUUUGUGAAUAAACCUAUAAUGAUUAAUGAAGUUAAAAGUCCAACCUCAUCUAAUUUAGAGGUUACUCCUCUUAGAAAUAUUCAACUCAUACAAACACCUAGAGUGAUUGAAUCAUCUAAUCAAAAAACGGAAUCUUUUAAAAGUAACUCUACUAACAACAAUAAUAAUUCAACUACGAUGUCUAUCAAUAAACCAAAUUUACCCGCAUUUAUUUCUCAAUCUUCAAUGAAUGAUUGUAAACGUCAUAUAUCUGUUCCGUCGUCUUCAUUUAAUUCUACCACUAAUACUACUACUAAUAAUAAUAGCAUCAAUAAUAUUUCAGCCACGAAAACAGGUAUAACAAUAAAGCGACAAUUAAGUGAAGCAGUGAUAUCAAUUCGACCUGCAACUAGUCGUUUGUUAGACAACAAUUAAAAUUAAUGGUUUCGAUACAUAUAACGAUCUCGACGUGUAUGGAUAUAGAGAAGAUCGUAUUCUCAUACUUCUGUUUUGGAAGCAUUCAUUUCAAUUCAAAGAAGAUAAGACGCUUAUUUUUUCGUUCUGCAUUUCUUUUCAUACACAUCUUCAUGUUAUUAUUAGUGUACGCAUACAAAAAAGAUGAUUUCCAGCUUUCUGAUUCUGUUAAAAAACAAUCAAAAUGGGUGUCAUAGAUUUAUUUCUCUAAAUUUGUAAAUAAUCAGUAUUUGCCUGUUCACUGUUAUUAUUUAUACCACAGGUUAUUUUUAAAUACUGCAUAAACAGAGUUAAACAAUAGCUCUAUAAUCUUUCAUUUGUUCAUGAAAUUCAUGUAAAUGGUACUGUAUUCAAUAGAGAUUUAUUAUUCACUAUGUAUAAAUAUAAAUACAAAUAUAUAUUUCCGUA